AUGCUGCUUCCGAUAACGAGAUUAAGUGCAGCACGGAUACGACUGCCGAGGCAGGCGAUUCCCUCCCAGCUCUCGGCGCGAUUCUACGCCAGGAAUGCCGACGCCGCUCCGGUGAAGCUCCGCGGCGCUUUCGUCACCCCGACACCGGCUCCGGAGAGGGAGACGAGAUCCACCGAUCGAUCCAAUGUCCGCGAGCUCGACCUGUCACGCAAAUCCGGCUCUUCGGGAAACACGGCUUGGAGGAACGCUUCUCCGCCAUCGAACCCACGGCGGGAUAGCUUCCGGGACAGCAACCGAAGCGGGCGUGAUGAUCGACGACCUGGUGGACGGAGGGGAUCGAUCCGUCAUGACCGCAAGGACGAGGGACCGUAUUACUUCUCCCAGACGAUCAAGAAGUGGAUUGAGCGCAAUGAGAUUCCCAACAAACCUCUCACAGGCCGUCAGGUUGAGGAGGUCACUCGAAUGAUCACGUCUGCGCGGCCGGACAACGUGAACGCCGCUGUGUGGAACCUCGUUCUCGCUCUCCUUGGUCGACAGGGACAGUUCGGAAACAUGUGGAAGGCGUACAACCAGAUGAAAAAGCGGGGCACCAUGCCCUCGUCGCGCACGUAUACCGUGAUGCUGAACGCUUUCGCCGGUGUCGCGCACGGCGGUGUCGCGCAGAAGACAUUCACGCCCCAGACUCCACCCGAGCCCUUGACGCUCCGCCGCGUCAACGCGAUUUACGAGCACUCGCAACGUCAUGUGCAGAAAUACUUGAAGUACGCGAACGGGGAGGGGCUGGAGCGCGAUAUCGAAGCCGACGAGGAUCGCGAGGGUUUCGUCAACGAGGCUCAGGUCAACAUCAUGCCGACGAAUGCGUACCUCAAGUUCCUGUCCCGAUACGGGAUGUGGAAGGAAAUGCAGGCCGUCUUUCUUGCAAUGGAUCCUCACGGCCCCCUCGCUCCCGAUCAGGUCACGUACGCCACGAUGCUGAACACGAUCAACAACAUCGACCACUACCGCCGCGCCAGCGCCGGGCGUGACGGUGCGGUGAAGCUGCCCGCGAUCGAGCCCGGCCCGCAAGCCCGUCUGCUCUGGGACCAGGCCGUUCGCACCUUGCACCCGGCUACUGCUGGCCGGAAGCUCGACGAGGGAGUUGCGCUCGCGGCGCUGCAGUGCUUCGUCGCCGGCCGCCCGGAGGACAAGCGUUUCGCGGAGACGCUUAUUCCCCGCCUCUGGGGCUUCUCAGCGCCGAACGCCCCGACUGUCGCUUCUUUGGCUACGCCUCAGGUGGCUAAGAAGGACAACUCGCUUCCCCGUCUCCGCCUCGACGUACGCAGUGCGACGCAGCUCAUGUCGCUGCUUGUCCGUCUUGGCCGCACCUCUGUCUCGGCCCACUACACGUCGCAGAUCCUAGAGCGCGACAUCAAGUUCGACAUGCCCGCUCUUCGCGCUGCGAUUCACAACCUCGCCGCCGUGCACGAUGUUGAGGCUGCCAUGAAUGUGCUGGACCAGAACUCGGAAGCCUGGCCCCUCGAUGUUCUCAAUGCGGUCCUGAGUGCAGCCCGCUGGAGCAAGGACUGGGACACCGCCCUUUCCGUCUACCGCCGCUUUACCCACCUCCCGCAAGGUGUUGAGAAGGGCAACUACAAGGGGCAGUACAAGUGGGAGUCUCCGAAUGGACGGCCUACCGACAGCCGCGGCCGCCGGUGGAUCAAGAAUCCCGUUGAGCCCGAUCUGCAGUCUAUGGACCUCCUUCUGCGUGCUGGUCUCGAGGCGGGAAUCCCCGCCACCCGCGAAGCGCUCAACAUCUACAAGUACUACCCGCGAGAGAGGUGGUACACGAUCACUGCUCAGGGAGAGCUCUGCGACGUCAAGGACCACAUCCCGAACCCCGGCGUCAACACCCGCCGCAAGAUUGAGGAGCGUCUCGAGUUUGCUCGCACUGUUGAGCGCGCCGCCGACACUCUCCAGUUCAAGGCGAAGGACAAGAAGGAGAAGGAGGACAUGCAGAAGAUCAUCGACGACGUGAAGCGCGUCAUGGAGCGCUGGAAGGAUCUCAAGAACAUCGCAGCGCAGGAGAAGGAGAAGGACGGCGCUCGUGGUCGCGAAUCUGCCAACCGCUCCGGUCGUCCUUGGGACAAGCAGUCUAACAGGCGGCAGGACAGCGAGUUCCCCAAGCGUCGUACUGGAGACUUCCAGAACAGGCGCCGUGAUGAUGACAGGUUGACCGAUCGCCAACGCGAUGGCAUCUAUGCGCGGAGGAGGAGACAGGAGGAGCGCAGCGGGGAGUCGGACGACGAAUACUAG